UCGCUAGUUUGUCUGCCCUACUCGCCCAUUCGACCUUACGAGAAGGAACGGCGCCGGAAGCUGUCGAACAACUCUUCGCCGAAUCUCGGAAUUUAGCCGUCCGUUUCAUCUCAGAUUGAACCGCGUCGCCGGUUUCAUCAAUCCAGCCGGAAAAAUGAGGAUUAUGAUAAAGGGCGGAGUAUGGAAGAACACGGAGGACGAGAUCUUGAAAGCGGCGGUUAUGAAGUAUGGGAAGAAUCAGUGGGCCAGAAUCUCGUCGCUGCUGGUUCGGAAAUCUGCGAAGCAAUGCAAGGCGCGGUGGUACGAGUGGCUCGAUCCCUCUAUUAAGAAGACUGAGUGGACUCGAGAAGAAGAUGAGAAGCUGCUGCACCUUGCGAAACUUAUGCCGACACAGUGGAGAACGAUUGCCCCAAUUGUGGGGCGUACACCAUCUCAGUGCUUGGAGAGGUACGAGAAGCUCCUAGAUGCAGCAUGUGCUAAGGAUGAGAAUUACGAACCUGGAGAAGACCCGCGGAAAUUGCGUCCUGGAGAGAUUGAUCCCAACCCUGAAUCGAAGCCGGCACGGCCUGAUCCUGUGGAUAUGGAUGAAGAUGAGAAAGAGAUGCUUUCUGAGGCACGGGCACGUUUAGCGAACACUAGGGGAAAGAAAGCAAAAAGAAAAGCAAGGGAGAAGCAGCUUGAAGAGGCUCGAAGGCUUGCUUCACUGCAGAAACGGAGAGAGUUAAAAGCUGCUGGAAUUGACGUUCGUCAUAGGAAGAGAAAGAGAAGAGGAAUUGAUUAUAAUACUGAAAUCCCCUUUGAAAAGCGGCCUCCUCCAGGUUUUUACGAUGUUACUGAUGAAGACAGACCUACUGAACUUGUCAAGUUUCCGACCACAAUCGAAGAACUUGAAGGUGAAAGGAGAGUGGAUAGAGAAGCACGGCUAAGGAAGCAGGACGUUGCAAGAAAUAAAAUAGCACAGCGGCAGGAUGCUCCAGCAGCGAUUAUGCAAGCUAACAAGCUUAAUGAUCCUGAAACUGUUCGAAAAAGGUCUAAACUAAAUCUUCCAGCUCCGCAGAUUCCAGACCAUGAAUUGGAGGCUAUUGCUAAGAUGGGCAUUGCUAGUGAUCUGGUCGGAAAUGACGAGCUAACAGAAGGGAAUGCUGCCACACGUGCUCUGCUUGCUAGCUAUGCUCAGACUCCGAGACAGGGCAUGACUCCAAUGAGGACCCCUCAGAGAACACCUGCAGGCAAGCAGGAUGCCAUUAUGAUGGAAGCCGAGAACCAACGGAGGUUGACUCAAUCGCAGACUCCUUUGCUUGGUGGAGACAAUCCAAUGUUGCACCCUUCCGAUUUUUCUGGAGUUACGCCUAAGAAAAAAGAUAUUGCGACGCCGAAUCCUCUCUUGACUCCUUCAGCAACUCCCGGAGGCCAAGGGCUUACUCCUAGAAUUGGCAUGACACCUUCACGAGAUUCAUUUUCUAUGAGCAUGACUCCGAAGGGAACUCCAAUGAGAGAUGAGCUGCGAAUCAAUGAAGACAUGGAUGUGUACGACGGCGACAAAUCAAGGCAAUAUGAUUCAAAGAAAGAACUCCUUUCUGGAUUGAAAAAUCUUCCACAACCCAAGAAUGAAUAUCAAAUAGUUAUCCAACCCUUCGCUGAAGACGAAGAAGAACCAGAAGAAAAAAUUGAGGAAGAUAUGUCGGAUAGAAUUUCUAGAGAGAAGGCAGAGGAAGAAGCCCGGCUACAAGCACUACUUAAGAAAAGAUCAAAAGUUUUGCAGAGGGAGUUACCAAGACCGCCUCCUGCGUCGUUGGAUCUUAUUAGAAACUCUUUGAUAAGAGCUGAUGAAGACAAGAGCUCCUUCGUCCCGCCAACAUUGCUUGAACACUCUGAUGAAUUAAUAAGAAAGGAGCUUCUAUCUUUGCUAGAGCAUGAUAAUGCAAAAUAUCCGUUAGACGAGAAAGCUACCAAGGAGAAGAAGAAAGGUAGCAAGCAUGCAAAAUCUGCCCCUGUGCCUUUGAUUGAUGAUUUUGAAGAAAAUGAACUGAAAGAGGCUGAUGAAUUAAUUAAGAGUGAAGUUGAUGUUCUCCGCGUCGCAAUGGGCCAUGAGAAUGAAUCUCCUGAUGACUACGUCGAAGCACACAAGACAUGCUUGAGUGACAUGAUGUACUUCCCGACCCGAGAUGGCUAUGGUCUCUCCAGUGUUGCCAGCAAUAUUGAAAAGCUUGCUGCUUUGCAGAAUGAAUUCGACAAUGUGAAGAACAAGAUGGACGACGAAACCAAAAAGGCACAAAAGUUAGAGCAGAAAAUAAAAGUUCUUACAAAAGGCUACCAAAUGCGUGGUGGGAAAAUCUGGACACAAAUCGAGGCAGCCUUCAAGCAAAUGGACACUGCUGGGACCGAACUCGAGUGCUUCCAAACUUUACACAAGCAAGAGCAACUCGCAUCGACGCACAGGAUCGGCAACCUUUGGGAAGAGGUUCAGAAACAGAAGGACUUAGAGCGCACUUUACAGAAGCGCUACGGCGACCUAAUGUCUGAACUCGAAAGGGUCCAGAAUUUGGUGGGCGCGUACAGAUUGCAAUCCGAAAAGGAAGCAGAAAAUGCUGCAAAGAACACUGCCCCCCCAGUCGACGACGACGAGGCUAAUGCUACUGCAGAAAAUGGUUCGGAGAACAAUGGCGCCCCAGUCGACGCCGAGGCUAAUGCCACUGAAGAUCAGCCUGUUGCUCCUAAUGUCGUAACUCCCCAAACUGACGUCAUCGAUAUGGGUGAGGCUAGCGCGGCUGACGGGCAAUUUUCCGAAGCUAAUGCUGCUGCAGAUCAGUCGGUUGCUCCUAAUGCCGUAACUCCCAAAAAUGAAGUCGUCGAUAUGGGUGAGGCUAGUGCGGCUGACGGGCAAUUUUCCGAGGCUAAUGCUGCUGCAGAUCUGUCUAUUGCUCCUAAUGUCGUGACUCCCAAAAAUGAAGUCGUCGAUAUGGGUGCGGCUAGUGCGGCUGACGGGCAAUUUUCCGAGGCUAAUGCUGCUGCAGAUCUGUCUAUUGUUCCUAAUGUCAUAUCUCCCAAAAAUGAAGUUGUCAAUAUGGGUGAGGCUAGUGCGGCUGACUGGCAAUCUUCCGAGGUUAAUGCUGCUGCAAAUAAGUCUGUUGCUCAUAAUGACGUAACUCCAAAAAAUGAAGUCGUUGGCGGUCAAUCUGCUGCGCCAAAUAUGAUUACUCCGAAGAGUGAAGUGGCUGCCGACAAUGGCGCGGGUGGUUUGGAUCAGUCCGAGGCGAAACCUAUGGAAGUUGAUGGUAUCAAUGAAACGACAAUCCAACAGCCCGAUGCUCGGCCAAGUUCGGGACAUGAAUUGACUCUUGAAUCAGGCAAUGCUAUGGAUGAGUAGGGCUCACAAGACAAGAUUGUUUCGAGGCUUUCCAUUCCGUGGCGCGCUAAAAGUCUUAAAAUCGAGUAAAUUCAGGAAUUCCGAUGUCUUUCAAGGUACGAAGAGAAGUUUAUUUCGAAACAUAGACUAUAUAUAUUGUGUUGUGCUUCUUUUCACUUGGUUACAUGAUUGUAUUUACCUAAAGAGGAGUUGCCUUGAACUAUCAUGUAGUUGUGUUGGAAGUUGCUCCGAACUUUCGAAUUUUUAACUCGAAACUUUUUGCAUUACCA